UUCUCUAGCUUACGUUAUUAUAAGAAUACAGUGUAUAUAUAACACAUACAGCAUACAAUAUGUGUUAAUUGACUAUUAGUAAGGUCAACAGUAGGCUGUUAAUAGUUAAGUUUUUGGAGAGUCAAAACUUAUACACAGAUUUUUGAUGACACAAGGGUUGGCACCCCAAGCCCCAAAUUGUUCAAGGGUCAACUGUACUUAAAUGGUAGUGACCAGAAUAUUGAUAGAAAUAUAGGCAAUAAAGAGCCAUUCUCAGAUGGAACUGAAGAACAAGGUAUUGGAAACUGGAGCAAAUGCUAUCCUUGUUAAAAAGUAGCAAAGAACUUGGUUGACCUGUGUCUGCGUGCCAAGAACUUUAUGUAAGGUGGAAUUUAAGAAUGAUGAACUAGGAUAUGUGGCAGAAGAAAUAUCUAUGCAGCAAAGCAUUUAGACUGCUGCAUGGCUACUUUUAUAGUAAAAUGAGAGAGGAAAGCUGAUUUAAAGACAGAAUUUAUAAUUAAAAGAGAAGCCGAGUGAAAAGAUUUGGAAAAUUCUCAGACUGGCCUUGUAGUACAGAAUAAAAAAGCAUUUUUAGCAGAGGAUACCAAGGGUGUGAACAACUGACCAAUUGAUAAGAAGAUUGGUAUGGAUAAAACGAAGACAGAGGCUAUUCAUCAGGAUGAUGACAGAAAACCCCAAAGGCAUAUUAUGUUAGUACAUAACCUCUGUGGUACUUUAGGUGUUAAAAAUAGAGGAAUAUUCAGCUCUUGCCCCAUGUUAUAAAAAAAAAAAAUAGAGGAAUAUGAUAUCAUUCUUUUUAAUGCAGGGACUAGUGUUGCCAGGUUGUCUGGCACUUAAUACUCAGGAAUUUUCUGACAAGGGCGAUGAGUGGUUUAUGAUGGGAAAAAAUGUGUAAAAUAAACUCAUACAUUAGAAAAGGUGUAUGGGUAUCAUAUUACCUGAGUUGUGAAGUUUUCAGACUUUUGCCUUUACCAGUGACUUAGCUAAGUAUGUUAGGAAUCUGUUUUAAAAUGGCAGAAAUCUACUUGAAUUAACAUAAGCACACUUGAUUUACUGUAAGGAUUCCUGUGUGUACCUGGCCACCAAAAGGCAAGAAUGCAGCCAGGUCUGGAGCCUGGAAAAUCCAAGCAGUGAAGAACAAUAGGCAGCAUACUCAGGCUCAGGCUCAGCUCUUUCCUCACUUCUGAUCCCCCCUCCCUCCUUCGCUUUCCUGCUUUCUCUGUUCUUAGGCACGGGUAGAAUUUGCCAGAGGUCCCAAGUUUACACCUCCAUUCCAGAGACCAGCCCAAACUGAGUUAGAAUCUCCUAGACUUAAUUAAAAAUUGGCAGGAGAGAGAAUAUGAUUUGCCCAGUUUAGGUUAGGUGUUCACUUCUGGUCUACUCCUAUGGCCAGGGGGCCUGGGUCAAGUAAUAUAAAUGGGGAUUCCAGGGCUUGUGCUGUUGGUGAAGGGGUGGUUAACCAGGCUGAUCAGACACUCAGAAGGUGUAGCUAGCUGCUAAGUUCUUAUAUCACAACCUCUUCCCUUCUGUUGUUCCAUGCCUCCUGACAACUAAGAUAACCAAAGCUUCAGGAUAUGUUUUUCUCUCCUCUCUGGAGGCUUUUAGAAACUUAUCUUUGAUAGUUAUGCCUUGGCGUUUAUCAUACUCCAUUAAUGUUUUUUGGCUCAGAUAUCAAAGUGAGGUCUCUGCAUUCCGCUCUGUACAUUCAGCUCUUCCUUUAUUGAUGGCUUGUGACAGCCAGGCAUCGGUGGAAGAGCUGGUGGGGUUAUGGGAAGUGGGGAUGUGGUCUCCCCUGAUUUCUUUUGGACUUUUUCUUUGGGGUAAACAGGCACUUCUUGCUGUGGAUUAGUGAGGGUGACUCUCUGUGGCUCUUGGGUCUUUCGCUUUGGGAUAUAUGUGUGUAGAGAGCUCAGGAAUUGCAAGGUUGGCUUUCUGGCUAUAGCUCCCCAACUGGUUCAAUUCUGGUUAAUAGUUCUCCCUGGUUUUCAUGUGGCACAUGUUUCAAUCUAAGGUCAGUCCUUUACCAACAUUGAAUAAUUCGCACUAGAAGAAAGCCAUACAAUUAUAAAGAAUGUGGAAAAGCCUUUGUAUACAACUGAGAACUUGCACAGCACCAGAUAAGCCACAUGGGGAGAAAUCAUACUCAUGUAAGAAGUGGACAAGUUUUCAAUCAAAACACCCACCUUCUUCAGUGUCAGAAAAGUUGAUGGUGGAGGGCAGCUGUACGAAUGGACACAGUGUGGAAAAAACUUAAGUUCCAAAGUUGCCUUGACUCACCCUCCAAUAAAAAUGUCUUGGGUGAGAGUGGAGACACUUGCUUGGUUUACAAAUAUGUAAUGAGGGCAAAUCAUGCUGGUUAUUAAAUUGACAGGUCUAGCUCUGCAGUAGGGUGCCCUGACAAGUCUUUGAGGAUGGAGUGGUUUUGAAGACUGGCAGAGGCAGAGCCUGAACAGUAUUCAUCCCAAGCAGUCUCGCUUCUCGGAACCCCGAGGGAGUGUGAGGAGCGGGGCCGCCAGCCAUGCCCCAGACGCCUUGGCGCCAGAGCUUCAGCAGGAACCUAUUGUUUCAGGAACCAGUGACCUUUGAGGACGUGGCUGUGUACUUCACCCAGAAUGAAUGGACCAGCCUGGAUUCUGUGCAGAGGGCCCUGUACAGGGAGGUGAUGCUGGAAAAUUAUGCAAAUGUGGCCUCCCUGGCUUUUCCAUUCAACAGACCUGUACUGGUCUCCCAGCUGGAGCAAGGGGAACUGCCAUGGACCCUCGAUCCCUGGGAACCUGUAGGCAGGGAGGUCCUCAGAGGUGUCUGUCCAGGGGAUCAGACCAGAACCGAGAAGGAAGGAUUAGCUCCAAAGGAACACACGUCCAAAGAAACCGAGUCCCUCAGACUGACAUUGGGAGGACUGCCAGGGAAUGGUCCCCAGUACCUUGACUUUGGGAGCAGCCUAGAGCAGCCCCAGGGUCAUUGGAUAAUUAAGACAAAGACAAAGAGGAGAGGGUUCACAGAUGGAUCAACCAGGUUUCGUGAUACCUGUGCCAUCAAGAGUGGAGACAAGUGUGAGAAAUUAGGGAAAAAUGUUAGUGUUGGCACACAACUCACUAUGAAUCAAACAAUUCCUAGUGGUCAGAUAUCUUAUGAAUGUGGAAAAUGUGACAGAUAUUUCAGUCAAAUGGCAGACUUCCACCGACAUCAGAAAUGUCACACUUGUGAAAAGUCUUUUGAAUGCAAAGAAUGUGGAAAAGAAUUCAGAUAUAACUCCUUACUUAUUCGGCAUCAGAUAAUUCACACUGGAAAGAAACCAUUUAAAUGUAAAGAAUGUGGAAAAGGUUUAAGUUCAGACACCGCUUUGAUUCAGCAUCAGAGAAUCCACACUGGAGAAAAGCCCUAUGAAUGUAAGGAGUGUGGCAAGGCCUUCAGUAGCAGCUCGGUCUUCCUCCAGCACCAGAGGUUCCACACUGGGGAGAAACUCUAUGAAUGUAACGAAUGUUGGAAAACUUUCAGUUGUAGCUCAAGCUUCACUGUCCAUCAGCGAAUGCACACCGGGGAGAAACCCUAUGAAUGUAAAGAGUGUGGGAAACGAUUAAGCUCCAACACCGCCUUGACUCAGCAUCUGCGAAUUCACACUGGGGAGAAGCCCUUUGAAUGUAAGGAGUGUGGGAAGGCAUUCAAUCAGAAAAUAACCCUGGUUCAGCAUGCGCGAAUUCACACUGGUGAGAAACCUUAUGAGUGUAAGGUGUGUGGGAAAACCUUCAGCUGGUGUGGAAGAUUCAUUCUGCAUCAGAAACUACACACAAAGAAAGCAUCUGUACAAGCAUAGCACUCUUCACAGUUAGGCUCACUGUGCCUCUCCUUGUUUCUGUUUUCAUGCUGUUUAUUAGUGUUCUCACCAUCUUUCCUGGACUGUGCUGAUUCUCAACCAUAUGCUUUUGUUCACAUGACUGCAUAUCUUUAAUGUCCACUUUUCCACCUGUCCAGUCAGUCAUAUGUUUAAUCCAGACUCUUGGCUUCCAUCAUGAAAUGUUCCUCAAAUUCUGUAAGCCCUUGUCUCCCCACCAUGAACUCUCUUUACAGUUAGAAAAAAACGAAAAAACUAAAAAAAACAACUCCCAAAUUUACAAACAUAAAAGGAAAUGUAAGUUUCCAGAUUUAAAGGAUAUGCAAGAUAGAUUGGGGGGG